AUGAUGUGCCCAAAGCAUUACGACAACUUGCUCAGAGAAGAAGAUUACUUUCGAUCCCAGUACAGAAUCGUUAUCAGUCUCAACCUCACUGAUGCUCCCGAUACUAUCCAUUACACCGAUCGAAAUAUCCAUACCGCCGUUAUGAAUGUCCAUGGCAGCCUCUCUAUCUUUGAAGACUCUCCUAAAUUUAGAAGCGAUGAAAAUGGCGCUUUCUAUAGACAAGACGAUGCAAUUGUCAAUGCUCGCGUCAAGCUUGUUGAAUGGUUCAAGGACAUGGAAGCUAAAGAUCUUUUGCAAUAA